CGAACAGCGCUGCCGAAGAAUGGAGGGAAUGCUCAAAUCAGUCUUUCCGGCAGUCAACCUCGAUGAUUACGUCGGUCCUGCCCCCGUUGCAGCAGACUUUGACCUGGAGGUCUACCAAGCGAAGCUUCGCGCUCUGUCCAUCCCCGACGACCCUUCCCCUGUCGCUUCCCCCGCCGACUCUUCUCUUCCAUCCGACACGCCCUCUCCCGAGCAUGUGCCAGAUGUAGAGUCGGAAGAGUACUCUUACGUCCCCGAUACGUCCAGCGCCCCCGUCGUCAAAUCCCUCACCCGUCUCAAAGACAACGACAUCCACUGGCGGCACCAUGGCAAAGCCGCCUCCUCCCAUUUCAUCCUCCAUUUUCAAGAACUCAAACACCAGUCCGGAGAACAAUCCAACUUUUUCGAAGCCCUCGGUGAACACAAGAGGCAGGAUUUCUGGCAUGUGCCAGAGUGGGAAGUUUUCAUCAUGGAUGUGGGGCUGAACCCGCUGGGGUACUCUGUCUGGCCAGAUGAAGGGCUGGAUCAACAGCUGAUCAAUGCGUACUUUGAUCACGUCAAUGUCCACCUCCCCUUGCUCAACCGCCACAUAUUCCAACGCGACUAUGACUCUGGCUUGUGGAAAUCACAACAACGCUUCGGCCGUGUCUGUCUCCUAAUCUUUGCCUGCGGUUCCCGGUUCUUCAGCAACCCGGGUACAUUCUGGCACCCAGCCUUUUCAAAGACGCAAGGGACCGGCAAAGACUACUCUGCCCCGUGGCUGCAGUACUCUGCAGGGUGGAGGUAUCUCCACAUGGCGCUGCACAUGGGCCAAAACCCCGUCCGCAUGCCGGACCUGUACGAGCUCCAAGCCCAAGCUCUCAUAUGCCACUUUCUCCAAGCAGGUACCGAGCCUGCGCGCGUAGCCACCAUCGCCGGCAGCGCCCUCCGUUCAGCCCAAGAUAUCGGCAUCCACUCCAAAGUCGUCUUGGAGCGCCUCCAGCCGGCGGAUAGGGAACUGUACAAGCGCGCGUUCUGGUGUUUGUUCCAUCUGGACAGACAGGGGUGUACGAUGCUGGGCCGGUCGGUGGCUAUGGCAGAUAGCGACUACGACGUGCCUUUCCCUGAAGACUUGGACGACGAGUACUGGAGUCUUGCUGGCGGGGUCAUGCUCCAACAGCCUUCCGGGCGUAUAUCCCGCGUGCGAGUCUUUAUCGAAGUACUCAAACUCGACCAGAUCCUAGGCCAAGUCCUCCAGCUCUUGUACGCUUCCCGCAAAACCACCCGCGGCCCAACGACGAGGCGCGCAGCAGCCAUGGAGCUCGACGCCACCCUCGACGCCUGGGUCUCCUCCAUCCCCCCUUCCCUGCGCUGGGACCCACACCGCACGAACCACACCCUCUUCCGCCAGACAGCCACCCUCUGGACUCUACACGCGUAUAUCAAGAUGCUCAUCCACCGGAACUUGAUUCCGCCGAGGCGGAAUGUGGCAACGCAUGAUCAGCUGUCGUCCUUGGCUUCGUGUGUGACGGCGGCGCUGUCGAUAUGUAGUAUAUCAGACUCUGUUCUGUCGAGGUCUUUGAAAGAAGGGAGUAAGCCCGGGCAGGCUUUGGACAUUUCUGCGCUUUUCCCAGCGUGGCUCGCUGGGAUAGUGCUGCUCAUCAGUAUCUACGCCGUCGACCAAACGCCCCUCGAACGUCGGCGCGCAGAGAAUGGGAUCAGAGCUUGUCUAAGAGCAGCGAGGGAGCUGGAGGUGAAUUGGAAGUUGGGAGGCAAGAUUGCAGAUUUCAUUGAACAGUUUUUGCGCGAAAGCGGGGGACUGGAUUCGCAACGCGAGGCGGAGAGACGGGCGUUCAGGCAAGAAUCGGGGACACCUACCAAGCCGGUCUAUGCUUCCCCUCAGGGACACGAGUCUGGCGUCCAAGAACAAGGACAAGGGCAGGGACAAGGGCAAGGGUCGAGUGAGAAGGAGGCGCAGAGAAAGUUGUUUGAAAGUUGGGUGAGGAUGAAUACGUUUGAGAAUCAGUUGAAGGGGAUGAAGAAGGUGACUUUGGGGCAGGGGGAAGAUGGACAGGGGGCAGGGGAGGGGCAAGGGGAAGGGGAUGAAGAUCGGUGGGGGCGGGUGUCUGGGAACCAGAUGUGA